GUCAGUCGCUGAAUACAAGGCUGGACUUUAGCAACAUAAGUGUUGUUGUGUCCAUAUGUUUGUGCAUUUGUCACAUCGAUUGUUCAAUAUUAUAUUUGCAUUUUUUUCGCAUAGCACAUAUUAAACGUCGUUAUUUCAUCGUUUGUAUCAGGAUUAUCUGGUCCCUUCUUCACGCUAGUGUUAGCUGCUAAAAAAGACGCGAAAGUGAUCAACGCAUAGCUAAGCAGAGAUCAAGUGUGAGUGUAAAGUGUUGUGAUUGUGUGAAAAUGUGUAAAGUACAAAUGCUGAGGGCGUUGGUGAAUCAGCGACUAACUGCGGCUGUUGAAGAAAUAUUUGUAGUGUUGGAAAGAACGAUAGCAGAGUACGAGGAGGAACUUUCUCGAACAAAAGAAGAGAACGAGCGACAACGUCAACUACUGGACGCUGUUUUCAAGAAGCCUCAAGUUGUGUUACACAAAUCAGACGGCAGUGAAGAAGAUCUUCCUCCUGAGCAGCAGGAGUGGAGCUCCAGGGUGGAACAGGAGGAGCCACAGCCCCCCCACAUUAAACAGGAAGAGGAGGAGCCUCAGCCCACCAACAUUAAAGCGGAUGAGGAGGACCCACAGCGCCCCCACAUUAAACAGGAAGAGAGCACCAUUGAGGAGGGAGAGCAUCUUGAAGGACUGGAGGACUUCCCAGUGAUUUCUGUCAUUGUGAAGAGUGAAGAUGAUGAAGACAAAGGUGAAAGUGAUGAGAAGAGAGAGGUGGAGCCUCCAGGCAGCAGCUCAACUCAACACAUGACAACAGAAGCUGAUGGAGACCACUGUGGAGGAUCACAAGCAGACAACCUCUUAGCUCCACUAUCAGAUAAUGACGAUACAACGUCACACUCUCCUGAUACUGAUGAUGAAAUUCCUAAAGCUGAUAUGACAUGUCACACUGACAAUACACACUUUAAAUGCCCUCACUGUGACAAAACUUUUGGCCACAAAAAAAACCUGAAAAGACACAUGAGAUGUCACACAGGAGUGGAAUUGUACAUCUGCUCAGUUUGUGGUAAAACAUUCACUCACAAGGGAUAUUUGACAACUCACACAAGAACACACACUGGAGAGAAACCAUAUUCCUGUUCAGUGUGCAAUACACAUUUUAGUCACGAUUCAGCACUGACUCGACACAUGCGAAGACACACUGGUGAGAAACCUUUCACCUGCUCAGUGUGUGGUCAAAGAUUCUCUCAAAGUGCACAUUUGACUAGACACACAAGAAUACACAGUGGAGAAAAACCUUAUACUUGUUCAGUGUGUGGUCAAAGAUUUGCUGAAAAUGCAUAUUUAGUGAGACACACAAGAAUGCAUACUGGUGAGAAACCUUUUAUGUGCUCAGUGUGUGGUCAAAGAUUCACUGAAAACGCAGGUUUGAUAAAACACACAAGAAUUCAUACUGGAGAGAAACCUUUUACCUGCUCAGUCUGCACGACAAGUUUUCGAUAUCGCUUUCAAUUGGUUCGUCACAUGAGGACGCACACUGAUUAGAAACUGUGUACUUGUUCAGUGUGUGGUCAGAGGUUAUCUCAAAGAGGAUGAUGGACAAAACACAACAAGACGCACUGAAAUAUAAAGGAUAAGAAUUGAUCAUGCUGAUUGCAAUGUGGUGAAUUGGCAAGAUGUAUAAUUGUACUGUAAAGUGUCCCUGCUAUGAUAUGCUGUGAUGUAUGAACCAGUCUUCUGUUGAUUUUCAUUUUCCUCAAGGGAUUAUUAAAGUAUA